AUGGCUUCUCGAUUCACUCCCUUGUUUCGUCAUGUCACUCGACGCACGCCUACUACUCCAUUCACCAUGACAGCGGCACGUCGUGCUACUCUUCAUGUCAACAACAAAGCACGCCCCAUGGUGUUCACUCCCAUGAUGACUUCUCGCUGCAUGUCAACCAAGACGCGUACCAUCAAGAUUCCUCCACUUCCACUUGCGUUUAUUGGUGUUGCACUUGCAUGUCUCGGCGUAGGAUUAUACGAGUAUCUGACAUCCGAUAUUCAAAAGUAUCCACCUCCUGUGCGACAAGCUUUGCGUAAAGCCCUUUAUUAUCAGAACAAAAAGGAGUACAAUCUUGCAUUGAAAUAUUUCCGUGAAGCAUUGGACCAAGCCCUUGUGUCGCCUGAAUUGGAGCGUGACAGUGCGCAUUUGACAGGCAUCAUGAUCCAACUUGGCAGCUUAUUGGAAUCCUUGGGUCGAUUGCCUGAAGCCCGACAAACAUUUGUGCUUGCUUUACGCCAUCUCGUCAACUUGGAUGAAACAACACCCGAUGAUGCCGUGUUUGAAGUUCAGUUGAAGGAAUUGCCACCGCAGCAACAGAAAAAGAUCGUCGCCGUAGCUCAAAAGUUGGGUGAUAUCCUUGCUCGUAUGCGCAACAGAGAUGAAGAAGCCGAACGUUACUAUGCAUGGUCCAUUGAACACUUGUUACGCCUAUCCUCUCGGCCCCGUACCGCUUAUGAAGAUCCAGAGGAUGUCGUCUUUGAUAAGGAACACAUGCCUGCAUGGCUCACUCAUACCGAGAUUGGUGCUGCUCUUGAAGCCUUUGGAGGAUACUAUGCUGAAAGGAACAGACCUGGUUACGCCAUUCCUCUUUAUUUGCAAGCACUUGAUCUCGCAGGUUUAAAGACAUGCCAUGCUACGGUGCUCAUGAACAAUAUCAGUGAUGGAUACGCUGCUUUGGGUAAACUUGAGGAUGCAAAGCAAUGGGCACAACGCGGUCUUGAUUUGGCACAAAAUCCCAACACUCGCAAAGCAAACAAGGAUGGUGAAGUUUGUGAUGAAACAUGUGGUGUAUUGUUAUUCAACAUGGGCAUGUUACUCGAGCAAUCCAAUGAAAAGGAAAAGGCAGCCCAAUUCUAUCAAAAGGCCGUGGAACAAGGUCGUGAGCUAAAGUUGGUUGAACUAGUACAACAAGCCAACCGUGGAUUGAGACGUGUAGGAGCUUAA